AUGUCAGUGCCCGAUGGUGAUCUGCCUUCGUUUGGCAGUUUGUCUAUAAAUUGUAACAGUGAUGGCUGGGGUCCGUCAGCGAUUCCUGAUGGUUUCAGAGAUAUGCCUUACCAGCCAUUCUCGAAAGACACUCGGUUGGGAAAAAUUGCUGAUUGGUGUGGUUCUAUUCAUCCCGACAUGAAGUCGAAAAAUCGAUACGUUUCUCAAUUCGGUGGUGGUGCCCAGUAUGCAUAUUACCAUGAUGAGGACGAUAGCAACUUCCAGAUGGCCAAUGCUGGAAAGGACACAAAGUCGGGUGCUUUUCGUCAGCGCUUCAGGUUUCAGUUGCGCGGGCGAGGUCGCGGAUAUUUCCAACAAGGUUUUGGUGGUCGUGGUGGGGGACAGUUCAUGUCACUGGGUAAUUUCGCCGGUCGCCAGCGUAGGCCGAUGACUGAACGUGAAAGGGCAUCCAUGCAAACACAACAACAACAACGGCGUUAUGGAAGCCAGGCAAACUGGCAGCAAUAUCGUCGAGGUGGAAACUGGGGUGGCGGAGGCAAUUGGCGUCAGGGAGGUGACUUUAAUCGGCGCAUGAAUCGUGGAAAUCGUAAUCCCUCAGUGGACGUUAAAGAUGAUUGGAAUCUCCUCGAGGAUCUCGAAUUUAGCCAGUUUGCUUCGUUGUCCUUGCCCCACGUCAAGGAACGGGAGACAUGCCUUGAGUGUGGAGCCGUCAAAUAUUAUGACAGAACAUUUGAUUCUAUCAAUACACGUAGUGAGAGGCCAUUGGUUCGCUUCAACGGUGUUGUGCAUGCUGUAACGACAUCAGAAGAUCCGAUUAUAAGGAAUCUUGCUCACAAACCCUCAGUCAACGUUUUCUGUACUGAUCGGAUAGCUGCGACUAUAAUGUGUGCUCCCAAGUCCGUGGACUCCUGGGAUCUCCUUGCCAUUCGUAUUGCUGACAAGCUGUUUUUCGACGUGCGUCCCGGUUCUAACUUUGAUCACGUGACUGUUGCCGAAACCGCCAUAGAUCCGCCUAUGGAAGAACCCGGCCAUAUCAAUAAUCCCGAGAAGCUUGCACUUGAAGCCACCUUCAUAAACAUCAAUUUCUCACAGCAAGUUCUUCAGUCAGAGGGGAAUACGUAUAACUUCAAGCAGAAGAACCCCUUUAUCGAUUCUGAUGAUAAAGAGGAAGCUGAGAAGGUGGCAUCAGUUGGCUAUCGCUAUCGCCAAUUUGAUCUGGGUAACGGUAUCAAUAUGGUCGUCCGGUGCGAAGUGGAUGCUGUUAUGCCGAGCAGAGCGGACGAGGAACCGGACAAGGUCAAGUUUUGCUGCAUCAAGGCUCUCAACGAGUUCGACAGUCGAUAUUGCAACGGUGUCAAUUGGCGCAAUAAACUGGACACCCAGCGUGGUGCUGUGAUAGCCUCCGAGUUGAAAAAUAACUCGUGCAAACUGGCCAAGUGGACGGUCGCAUCCAUCAUAGCUGGUGCCGAUCUGCUCAAGUUUGGCUUUGUGUCGCGCGUCAACCCCAAGGACACCUCGCACCACGUGAUCCUGGGCACUCACGAGUUUCGGCCGACCGAUUUCGCCUCACAGAUCAACCUUAACAUGGACAACGCCUGGGGCAUUCUGCGUUGCGUCAUCGACUACUUCAUGAAAUGCGAGCCCGGAACCUACUUGAUGAUGAAGGAUCCCAACAAGGUUUGCUUAAUCCCUGCAGACUGUCACUUUUUUGCCGUUAUGCCGAUCAUCCACAUCUACUCGCUUCCCGCUAACGCCUUCGCCUCGGACGAGGAGAGUGACGACAGCUCGGACGGACAACCACCGGCAAAGAACUGA